AUGAGCCUCCCAUUGCCCUUGCACACGUCGUCCAGCCAGCGGAACCGCGAGAGCAGGUCCUACUAUACCACACAAACACGGUCGCCUGCUUCGGCGGAGGGCAAGUCCAUCAAUGGCGCGGCAACGACGGACGUUAAGGAGGAGAAGCCCAGAAGCAAGGAGCGCAUUAUUGUUGGCGUUGACUUUGGGACUACAUUUUCCGGCGUCGCUGCCGCAUACACUGGUGCUCCGGACGAGAUCGAAAUAAUCAAGACCUGGCCCGGCGGAAAUGGUAUCACCUCAGACAAAGUCCCAACCGAGCUGUCCUACGAACCUGCUCCUCCUAACUCCCCUCCCGGCACGCCUCCCACAGUAAAAUGGGGCUUCCAAUUCCGUCCCGAAGAGCCACGUCUGCGGUGCAUCAAGCUCUUCCUGGACCGCGCGCAGAAGCUGCCCUUCUACGUGAGCCCCCUGGAGACGGCCAGCCAGUUGCGAAAGAACAAAAAGACCGUCGUGGACGCCGUCGCAGACUACCUCACCCAGAUCCGGAAGCACACAAUGGACACGUUGCGCAGGCGAUACGGCGAGGGGCUCGUAGCCUCGACACCGGUCGAUUGGGUGCUGACAUGCCCCGCGGUAUGGUCAGACGCGGCGAAGAAUACCACGCUGUUGGCGGCCGAGCGGGCAGGGAUGGGCGAGAAGAGUCAGAUCCGGAUGAUUAGUGAGCCCGAGGCGGCCGCGGUGUACACGCUGAAGGCGAUCCAGCUCCAGCCGACGCACUUAAAAGUUGGGGAUAAUCUGAUCGUAUGUGAUGCGGGGGGCGGGACGGUUGAUUUGAUCGCGUAUAAGAUUGUGUCCUUGACACCUCUGCGCGUCGAAGAGUCGGCCGUCGGGACUGGAGGGCUGUGUGGCAGUGCGUUUCUUAACUACCGCUUCGAGGAGCACGUCAAGUCGAGGCUGGGUCAGACGCGGUUUGAUGAGCUCAAGACCAAGAAGGCCAAGUCGUGGCAGAUGGCGCUGAAGUACUUUGAGGAGUUUGUCAAGCGUAGUUUUAACGAAGAUGAACAUCAGGAGGUCAACAUCCCUCUCCCCGGCCUCCCCGACGACGAAGCCGCCGGCCUCGACUCCGGCUUCCUCCUCCUCACCUCCUCCCAAGUUAAAUCCAUCUUCGACCCCAUCAUCAAAGAAGUCUGUGACCUAGUCCAAGGCCAAGUCGACGUCCUCCGCCGCAAAGGUGCCAUCGUCUCAGGCAUCAUCCUCGUCGGCGGUUUCGGCCAAAGCGACUACCUUUACCGGCGCCUGCGCGCCCACUUCGCCCCAGCCUACGACGACGAAGGCACCAUCCCCCCUCCCCCACCCUACACCGAGCUCCCGACCAACCCCCCUCCCCCAGACCCCCUCGCCGACCGGCCCUUGCCAAUAGAAGUAAUGCAGCCCAUCCACGCUUGGACGGCCGUCGUCCGCGGCGCCGUCCUCCGAGGCCUCGAGUCAGGCUCAUCCACCGUCCUCUCCCGCCGCGCACGCAUGCACUACGGCACGUCCUACGCCACCGUCUACGACGAAACCAAGCAUCCCGUCACCGAGCGCUACUGGUCUCCCCUCUGGGAGCGCUGGAUGGUCUCGGACCGGAUGCAAUGGCACAUUCGGAAGGGGGAGCCCAUCUCCCCGACCAACCCCAUCGCCUUCCACUACACGCGCAACUUCCGCCCCGGCCAGAGCAUGGUCGUCACGGAUGACCUCAUCGCGUGUGAGGCGGAUGAUCCGCCGGAUCGGUAUACUAGGGAUCUUAUUCAUGUGUGUACGCUGACGACGGAUCUGAGUGCCGUGCCAAGGCAUUUGUUUACCAAGUUGACGACGACGAGGGGAGUGGAGUUUUUGAAUUUGGAUUUUACGCUGGAGAUGACGGUGGAUAGUGCGGGGUUGGGGUUCGAGUUGAAGGUGGAUGGGGUUAGGUAUGGAAGGGUUGAGGCCGAGUUUCAUUCUGUGUAG